AUGUCACACUCAGGACGUGUUUCGACGGAAGUCCCCGAAAAACCACUUAUUUCCAGUGCAAGAAGAAGUUCAUUAUGUACUGUCCCAUUGAGAAUAUUAGAAUUUGACUACUCGUACGGAUAUGACUGUAAGCGUCCGUUCAAUCUGUGCAAAAUCGAUGAGAAUAUCCUUGUGUACGCAUCUGGCAAUUUAAUUCACUUUUUCGACGUAACAACACAAACGGUCACCACGAGGAGAACAUCAACCGGGGGUGGAAUCGGAUGCAUUCAAACCAACCCAAACCCCGAGCUGCGUCAUCUGACAAUUGGCGAGAAUGGUUCCAAUCCACCGAUUAUCAUCUUCAAAUAUCCGGAGAUGACCGUGGUAAACAUCCUCCACAACGGAACCACCCAGGCAUACAGCAGAGUGGACUACAGUGCCGACGGAGAGCUGUUGGUAUCGCAGGGAUGCGAUCCGGACUAUAUGCUAACGAUUUGGAAUUGGCGCGAUGGUGAAAUAAUUCUUCGCUGCAAAUCGUUCUCUAACGAUGUGAUUAAUGUUAUGUUCUCGCCGAGCGUUCCAGGACAUCUGACAUCUUGCGGGCUCGGCCACAUAAAAUUCUGGAAGAUGGCCCAAACGUUCACCGGUUUGAAGCUACAGGGCGAGUUGGGUCGAUUCGGUAAAACGGAAAUUUCCGACAUCGUUGGUAUCCUACCACUGGCCGACGAAAAAGUGCUGUCUGGUUGCCUUUGGGGAAAUGUUCUCGUGUGGGAAGCGGGACUAAUCAAGAUGGAGGUUUGUCGCAAGGGCAGAAAGCCUUGUCAUCUGGGACCCAUCACCCAGAUCAACAUACGCGAGGGAGAAGUGAUGACCUGCGGGAUGGAUGGUUACAUCAGAAUUUGGUUCUGGGAAACGGUAGAGCUUGCGGAUCCACCGGACGACGAUCGGGUCGUCCAAAUCGAACCGAUUAUGGAAUUUAAAAUUGGAACAGAAACGUACAAUAGUGAGCUGAUGUGUUUGAUUCGCAAAGAAGGAGAUUUCCAGUGGUAUGCGCAAGAUGGAUACGGAGGAAUCUGGUUGUGCGAUAUCACUCCAGCUUACAAACCGGCUCCUGCACGACAGCUCCUGAAAUGUCACUCUGGACCUAUAGGCACAGUUCAAGCAAGUCCCUCCACUCACCAUGUAGCCACACUCGGAAGCGACGGCAGAUUAUUUCUCUAUGAUUAUUUGAAGCGUGAAAGGAUUUUCGAUUACCAAUUCUGCUCCAGGGGUCGAGCGAUGAUAUGGCUCUCGACUGCACUUGAUCCAACCGGUCUGAUCUUAGUUUUAGGCUUCGAAGACGGGAUUAUUCGUAUCAUUGCCAUCAAUCUAAAGAGCACAAAACCAGAAAACUUUGUGAAUAUAAUUCAGAUUCUGAAAUCUCACUCAGAGGCGAUUACCACUCUUUCAAUAAAUGACGAUCAAACGAUCCUCGUUUCGGGAUCUGAAGAUAAAUCGAUUUUUGUGCAUCACCUUAUCCGCGGAGCCCCUCAUGUAACGAUAGAACCAAUCGGUCUGGUCUACACACCGUCGGCCGUUUCCACGAUCAGCUGGAAACCGAAUGAGGAGGCAACAGCUCUUAUUGGAUGUCGUCACGGACAGAUCCUGGAGGUGGCACUUCCUGAUAAGCCCCAACCUUACACCGAUAUAUCAUACCAUCUGAAGGAAAUCAACAUAAGGCAGUUAACUUUCCAAUCCGUUAAGUCUGAAAUAAGAAGAAACAUUCGAAUUGCGGAGAUUGAGAACAAGAAGCAGCUGAAACGUUUGAAGAAAAUGAAAUCGUUGGAAAAAAUACGUGCCGAGAAUCCAGCAGUAGAAAUCGACGAUGAAGCGUUUCUUGAAGAUUCAGAUGAUGAGGAGGAAUUGGAACCUCUGUAUAUUCCUAAGAUACCCAACGCUGUUUUGUGGGUACAAUAUUCCAGUGAGAACACUUUGUGGCUAUCAAUGGGAGAAUAUGACGCAGGAUUUGUUUACGAAUAUGAUUUCUACGAUGAAGACCCUGUCUCAUGUACACCUAUUCCCGGAGCAGAGGAUGUUGAGAUUACAACUUAUAUUCGCUACCAUAAUUCCUUGAUGAUCUUUGGAAUGGGGGACGGUUCCAUACGGGUGAAUCGCAUGAAGAACGACUUCCGUGAUUGGAGUGACUAUUGGACACUAAAUAUGCACAACAAUCUUGACGGGAAGGUAACUGGAAUGACAUUCAGCUACGAUCAGCGGUAUCUCUUUAGCGUUGGAACAGAUGGCAACUUGUUCUCAUAUAAAUGGUUUGACGAUGCCGUUCUUCCCACUCCGGCGAAGACGAGCCCGUUGGAGAAAGAAGUGACAUGUGUUGACGAUAUUGAUGAUCCAACGUCUCUGUCUUUGGAGCAACAAAAGAUCAAGCAGGAAAACGACAGAAAGGCGAAAUUGGCCAACGACCGGAAGAAUGAAGUCAUAAACAAAGUCGCGGAAUAUCGAAAACAAUUUGAAGAAAUUCUGAAGAAGAACGAAGCACUGCCGGAAUCCCAAAGAAUACCGAUGGAUGAUUUCAUUCUGGACGAAAGAAUCACAGCAGAUUUGAAGCAGCAGUUGGAAGCGGAAAUGGAUCUCGUGCGACGCAAGACUGCAUUCGAUGUGGAGAGAGCACGACUGACAGGCGAAAAGCUGAAGAAGUUCUUCCUCGACGAAUUGGAAAGCAUACCGAUUGAGGUGCUAGGUAUCAGGGUGCCGAACUCUGUGAAAUCAUUCCGGAUUGGAAAACUGAACGAUGAGUUUUAUCAAACUGUUGUGGAUUUGGAGGAACGAAUGGAGGAAGAAGAGGCACGGAGAAGACGAUUCGUGGAAUUGUGUAAAACUCCGGAAGACAGAAUGAUGAAAGUCACUGAUCACGCCAAGUUUGAACACCGAGAGGACUCCCAAAGCGGUCGAAAGGAGUCAUUCUUGGAUGGGCUUACCCAGUCAACCAUUGAUUUGAGACUGGAAACGAAAAUGCGAAGAUUAUUGGCUAAAUAUCGCGACCGAAAGUCGAAGGAACAAAUGCGUAAACUUGAGUGGGAAGACCUGAAGAGCAAAAAGCCGGACCCAAACGUGAACCAUCCCGACGAUGAUGCUGCCAUCAAGGAAGCCGAGAACACAAUCGGCGAUUACAAGCUGAAGACCGACCCGGAGUACGAACCUAACGAGGAGGAAUUAGAGACGACUAUGGCGAAGUAUCGCGACCUGCUGCGGGUGAGGGAGGAAUUGUUUACCAUACGACACGACUACAAUCAGCGGGUGUUUGCAUUGCGCGAUAAAAAGAAGGAGCUAAUAGAGUAUAUCGAGCGCAAGAAGAAGAAGCUGUUUGAGAUACACGAAGAGCUCCCGGAAAACCAACGAAAAAUGCCUCCGGUUGAGGUUAGUUUCAACAUGAGUGUGGAAUACCCUGAGAAUGAUUUCACCCUGGAUAACGGACUUGGCGCAAGUUCAGCCCAAGAUGAUGACCAGAAGCAGAUUGAGCUAGAAGUGGGAAGCACUGCAUACGUUGAACGAAUGCAAAAGUAUGUACUAGGUCUAGCACCGUCCCCCGAUGGUACUCCUUACACACCCUUGGGAACGGAGUGGGAGAAAGAGAUGCGUGAAAUGAGGCUCAUGAAGAAACUGUUUAAACAGGAUAAGCUCAUCGAAAAAAUGGCGAAACGAGCCGAUGAUUUUGAUCAAGAACUAAUUGAACUAGCCGAGCAUCGACUAGAAAUCGAGGUCAAUACAAAAUACCUCGAAAUCUAUCAGUUAACACUCUAUCAGGAGUUAUGGAUUUUGAAAGACUUCGAAAAAAUCGAACGCAAAAUGAUUAGUGCUGUGGAAGAUUUAACCCUCGAACGAAACAACUUCCAAAAGGCAAUAAUUGAUGCGAAAGACUGUAUCGAACAACACAAACAGGACAUGGAACAGAUUCGAGUCGAGCAGAAGGCAAUUAUUCAGCAAUUCAUCUCUAGCUGUUCGGAAAGCAACUUCUUACCAUUCCUGAAACGUAUCUUCAAGAAAAAGUACAAACCAUGCAGGAUCAACAACAGCGAGAGGGAUGAAACGGAAUCCUCGAGCGAGUAUUCCUCUGAGGAUUUGGAUGCGUUGGAAAACGCCGUUGACAAUGAAAUCAGCAAGAUCUUCCUCAACGAACAGCCAUGCCCCGUCGGUUGUGAUCCAGCGCUAUACGAGCUGGCCAUUCGGUUGAGAAAUGAAAAAAAUGAUUUGGAGAAAAAAUACUACGAGGAGAACAAAGCGCUGAAUGAAACGACUAAAAAUAUGGAAAAUCUUAAAAUGAAGCUGGCGUACGUGCAGACAAGAUUGACCGAUAAAAACAGGGAACUGUUGAAAUUACGGCGAGAAAAACAAGCCAGGGUGAACGACAUCAACACUUUGGUCAUAUUGAAAAUGGAUCAAAUGCAGUACUUCCGAACGGAAACGGAGUUUUAUGACAUCGAAAAUAGUCUGCUUUUCAAUAAUGACAAACUGAUGAAGUUGUACUCUCGGGUUGGACAGCUUGCAAUGGAGACCCUGGAAACUAAACGGAAGCAUCGUAUCAAUGUGGUACAUUUGGCGAGAAUGAAGACGGACAUCAAAUUUAUGAAUCAGCAGAUAAUCGAUUUGAAGGAAAAUAUCAACGAAGCGAUGAUCAAAAAGUUCGGAAGAAUAGUCAAUUUGGAUGAAUUGGAAGAAACGAUUCUGAGGAAGUUUGCUUUCGAAAUGCGAGCCAACAUGGACGAUGUGAAGCGAAGCUACGCUGAGAGGACAAGAGAUCUUAAACGUAUUUACUCCAAGAAGCAGGAUGAAUUGACAAGAGUCAUCCAGGAGGGAACUGAGAAACUGCAUGUGCUGACGGUCCUGCAAGAGGAGUAUAACAAUCUCACCAAGAUGUUAGCACACCAGAAGAAGCUCCUGGAGAAGCAGGAACUGCCUCAGCCAAGCUACGAAGCCGACUUAGCAAAACUCAAAGAAAUCGCCAAGGCUCAAAAGGAACAGAUCAAUAUGCUGCAGCGAGAAAUACGAACCCUUAGCAUCAAAUGUAAACCACUUAGUACGGAUACCGGGCAAAUGGUUGAAACAGUUGCAGUCCAAGCACCAACGAAGCGAGCGAAAGCUCUGGAUGACUCCACGUUUCCAAAUGUUAUGGACUCGGCCCCUCCCAGCACCAGAGCCAGUUCCCCCGAUAACUUCCUGUACAACGAAAUCUCCUCCCUGGUGUACGAUUUCCUCAUGGAACAUCUCGGUACAAUUGUGCAGAAAUCCGACAUCAAGCGGGUAGUCACCCACCUGUCGCACUAUCUAUCCAAUAUCAUUGCCAAUUUCGCGCCAGAGCACGCGAAUGACUUACUGCCACACAUAAUAGAAAACUUCAAGUCAUUCAUUCCGGAAGAACUGCUGCUAACGAUCCCUCCUCAAUCGAUCGCUGAACUGAUUGAAAAUAUAUUCCGCACCUUCAAAGAAGGUUACGACAUUGAUACCAAAGAAAUCCUAAAUGAAAUCGUCAACAACAGCUUGGAGAUGCGACCUCCGGCCUCACAAAACUAUUCCCACAACAUUCUGGCGGAUAUUCUGAAACAGGUACUCUCGACACUACAUGUGUCAGAUGUAAAUCAUCCUGAAACCAUAAACUUUAUAGCAACCGGGCUCCGUAAUAAGCCCGAAAUCGAUCCUUCGGCAGUGAACGUUGCACAGCUGUCCUCCGAACUGUACCAAUACGCCUCGGAAAAUAUGGUCGACGAUGUCAACCAGGAAACCAUCCAACAAGUCGUCGAGGGUAUACUACAGCUCAGUGCAAAAUAAGACCUAGAGUGAUAAGUCGCAUGCGAAAUAAUAUUAUCUCUUCAUAUGAAAUGCAUAUUGAUA